AUGAGGUUGCAACAUAUCAAGAAAAUAAUAGACUUGAUCGCAGAUCUGAAAAGCGAACUCUCCGGCUGUUUUUCGAAGACAGUGCAGGCGAUGAUGCUUACUCGAGCGGAGCUAUCGGCUAAGAGGCUCUAUGAAGCAAUUGAUGGGCUUGGAACGAAGGAGAGCUUAAUUAUCGACAUACUCUGUCCCGCAACCAAUGGUGAAAUGGAACUGAUUAAAAAAGAGUAUUUAAACCGUAAGUGA